AUGUCUGGCUUUCUCGAGAACGCAUACAGUCUCGUCCACCAGGACAAUGCGGCCGACGUCCCCACCGUCUCCGAUCUGCGCAUGCAGCUGGAGAAGGGUACCGACGAGACCAAGGUCGAGACCAUGAAGCGCAUCUUGACCAUUAUGCUCAACGGAGAUCCCAUGCCUACGCUUCUCAUGCACAUCAUCCGCUUCGUCAUGCCCUCAAAGUACAAGCCGCUCAAGAAGCUCCUCUACUUCUACUACGAGAUCUGCCCCAAGCUCGACAGCAGCGGCAAGUUGAAGCAGGAGAUGAUUCUAGUCUGCAACGGUAUCCGUAACGAUCUUCAACACCCCAACGAAUACAUUCGAGGCAACACCCUGCGCUUCCUCUGCAAGCUGAGAGAGGCCGAGCUCAUCGAACCCCUCCUUUCCUCAGCACGAUCUUGCCUGGAGCACCGACAUGCCUACGUCCGAAAGAACGCUGUCUUCGCCAUCUCUUCCAUUUUCCAACACUCGCCUUCCUUGAUCCCCGAUGCUUCAGAACUCAUCGCCACCUUCCUCAUGGGAGAGAGCGAUGCCACCUGCAAGAGGAACGCCUUUGCAGCCCUCUCCAGCAUUGAUCACGAUGCUGCGCUCUCAUACCUGGGGUCCGUUUUCGAGGGCAUCCCCAACGCAGAGGAGCUUCUUCAGCUUGUUGAGCUCGAGUUCAUCCGCAAGGAUGCUGUUCAGAACUCCCAGAACAAGGCACGAUAUCUGAGGUUAAUUUUCGAUCUGCUAGAAGCUGGCGCAUCCACCGUUGUAUAUGAAGCCGCUUCUUCCCUCACUGCCUUGACCAACAACCCCGUGGCGGUCAAGGCCGCCGCCGCCAAGUUUAUCGAGCUGAGCAUCAAGGAGGCGGACAACAAUGUCAAGCUUAUCGUGCUUGACCGGGUCGACCAGCUGCGCAAGAAGAACGAGGGUAUCCUGGAUGACCUGACCAUGGAGAUCCUGCGUGUCCUCUCCAGCACUGAUAUUGAUGUGCGAAGAAAGGCACUUGGCCUUGCCCUCGAGAUGGUCUCCAGCAAGAACGUCGAAGAGGUCGUUCUGCUGCUCAAAAAGGAGCUCUCCAAGACUGUCGACCAGGAGUAUGAGAAGAACACUGAAUAUCGAUCCCUCCUCAUCCACUCGAUUCACCAGUGCGCCAUCAAGUUCUCCGAGGUUGCUGCUAGCGUUGUGGAGCUUCUCAUGGACUUCAUUGCCGACUUUAACAACGUCUCCGCUGUGGACGUUAUCAACUUUGUCAAGGAGGUUGUUGAAAAGUUCCCCAGCCUCCGAACUACCAUCAUUGAGCGUCUCGUCUCUACUCUGGGCGAGGUCCGGGCUGGCAAGGUGUACCGGGGUAUCAUGUGGAUCAUUGGCGAGUACUCGCUUGAAGAGAAGGAUAUCCGUGAGGCUUGGAAGAGAAUACGUGCUAGCUUGGGUGAGAUGCCUAUUCUUGCCUCUGAGCAACGGCUACUGGACUCUCAUGACGACGGCGAGAAGGCUGAUGACCACAUCAACGGAACCUCUAAGCAAGCCGCGCCCACUGGAUCCCGCAAGGUCCUCGCUGACGGCACCUAUGCUACUGAGACUGCUCUCACCAGCCAGUCUUCGGCUGCUGCUAAGCUUGAAGCCGUCAAGGCUGCUCAGAAGCCCCCGUUGCGUCAGCUCAUUCUCGAUGGCGACUACUACCUGGCGACUGUCCUGUCCUCCACUCUUGUCAAGCUUGUGAUGCGACACCACGAGAUUUCCUCCGACAAGGCACGAACCAAUGCCCUGAGGGCUGAGGCUAUGCUCAUCAUGAUUUCCAUCAUCCGAGUCGGCCAGUCCCAGUUCGUCAAGGCACCCAUCGAUGAAGACUCCGUGGACCGAAUCAUGUCCUGCGUGCGCUCGCUGGCUGAGUUUGAGCAGAAGAAGGAGCUUGAGACUGUGUGGUUGGACGACACUCGCAAGGCUUUCCGUGCCAUGGUCCAGGUUGAAGAGAAGAAGAGGGCGGCUAAGGAGGCUUUCGAGAAGGCCAAGACUGCCGUGCAGGUCGAUGAUGUUGUGCCUAUCCGACAACUCGCCAAGAAGAAUGCUUCCGACGGACUCGAUGAGAUCGAGGUGGAUCUGGAGCGGGCAACUGGUGGUGAAGGCACUGCUGAGGAUCUCUCAUCCAAGCUUAGCCGUGUGGUUCAGCUCACCGGUUUCUCUGAUCCCGUCUACGCUGAGGCUUAUGUCAAGGUUCAUCAGUUCGAUAUCGUUCUCGAUGUCCUCCUGGUCAACCAGACGACCGAGACUCUCCAGAACCUCUCGGUUGAGUUUGCCACUCUAGGUGACCUCAAGGUGGUUGAGCGCCCGACCACACAGAACCUGGGCCCUCACGACUUCCACAAUGUGCAGUGCACAAUCAAGGUUUCAUCAACUGACACAGGUGUCAUCUUUGGUAACGUUGUGUACGAUGGGGCUCACUCCACUGACACUAACGUGGUUAUUCUCAACGACCUGCACGUUGACAUUAUGGACUACAUUCAGCCCGCUACCUGCACCGAGACCCAGUUCCGUACCAUGUGGACCGAGUUUGAGUGGGAGAACAAGGUCAAUAUCAACUCGAAGGCCAAGUCGCUACGCGAUUUCCUUGACCAGCUGAUGGCCUGCACAAAUAUGAACUGUCUCACACCAGAGGCUAGUCUGAAGGGUGACUGCCAGUUCCUGAGCGCCAACCUCUACGCGAGGAGUGUGUUCGGUGAGGAUGCUCUGGCCAACCUGAGUAUCGAGAAGGAGGGUGAGGAUGGACCCAUCACCGGUUUCGUUCGGAUAAGAAGCCGAUCGCAGGGUCUGGCGCUGAGCCUGGGCUCAUUGAAGGGUCUGAACAAGAUCGGCUCGACAGCCUAG